GCUGCCGAAGUUUAACUCAGGUUAACCUUAGGCCUGCCCAAAUUACCCUUAGGCCUAUAUUACCAUAACAAAAUAAAUAUUUAAAAUAAUAGUACUUAGUUUAUUAUAUAUUUAAUAUCAUCCCACGACACUGAUUGGUACUUGUGGGAAGUAGCUCUAGGCCUAGCCACUUUCAACCCAGCUUUCAACAAAUAGAAUCACCAAACUAACAGCGUAACCUGUAAUCGUCUUGUGCUGGAUAUCACGCCUGGGUACAUCAACUCACGCGUACAUUCAUGAACAUUCUCAGCAAGAAGUAAUCAUUUUGUUGAAUGAAAAAUUCCCGACAUUUACAUUUUUUUCCCAACAUUUUCAGUUAAGAUUCUACAAUGGGUUACUCAAGGUCACGUAGUAGGAGCAGGUCAACAUCACGGAAGCGCUCUCGAUCUGAUUCAAAAUCAGAAAAAAGGAGGAAAGUCAAGGUGCAUAGCUCCAGGGACCGAUCUAGAUCUGGUGAACGAGAUAACAAAAGAUACGACGGAAGGAAUAAACACAGGUCACGUUCUAGGGAAAAGAUACCCCGCUCUAGGUCGCUGAGCGUGGAGUUGAAAGGUCAUUCAUCAAGAAAUGAGAAUAAGAAAACCUCGAAGAGAAAUAGUAACCAUUCACGUGAUAAGUCAUCAGAAAGUAGAAAAGAAGACAAACGCAUGGAUAAAGCAAGUACAAUAAGAGAAGGUAGAUAUCCACAAAAAUCAAGAUCUCAUUCUGAAAGAAAGGAAGAUGAUAUAAAAAAGAUUUCUACAAAAGUUCUCCCUAAAUCAUAUUCAUCAAAUAAUGACUCUGGUACAAUAAGUCAAUCAGAAGUAUUACAAAAGAGUCGAUCACCUAGUAGAAAAAAGAACUACCCUAGAAAUGACUCAAAUAAGUUAGCAAAGAAGAGAAGACACAGCUCAUCUUCUAGCAGUCAUUCAUCCAGCUCACCUGUAACCAGAAAUAGCCUCAUUACAUUUGCUACCACAAAAUCUAAAUUACCCAAGGCAUAUGCAGAACCUGUCCAGAGUAAAACAAAUGAUGGUAAAGAAAAGGAUACGGAUGAGCAGAGAGGAAGGAAAGGUAGAAGAAAUAGGAGUAGAUCAUCCUCAUUUUCUUCACCUGAAGUUAAAAUUCCAAAAGCUUAUUCAAUUUCUAACAAACAGGAAGAUUUAAAAAGGAAAACUGGGUCUGUGGAGAACAAAUAUGGAAAAGGAGAUGACAAACGUUUAACAAACGAUAAUGCUGAUCACGGAAAAAACAAAAAAUCUGAAGAAACUAGAACAAAGUCUACAAGUACAAAGAAAAUAGUUUCUCCAACGAGAUCCUCCACAAGACAUAGAAAUACCAGUCAUGAUUCUGCUGAAAAAAAAAAUAAGCAUAGUGAUAAACUAUCAAGAAGUCCAUCGUGUAUUGAAAAUGAUUUUAAAAGAGGGGUUGAGAAGGAGAAAGCAAAUAAAAGGAAACAAUCCAAUUCCGACACCAAUACUUUUAGGGAAAAGGAUAUGGAAAUAUUAAAAUCGCCCAAAGAUUCAAGUAAGUCCAAAUCAGAAAAGAACUCGUCGAGUAAAUUGCCAAAAAAGAAAUCAAAGAAACGUUCCCAUAGUUCAUCACCAGAUUUGAAACAAACAAAGAAAAAGAAAAAAGAGAAAAAGAAAAAGAAAUCGAAGGACAAGAAAAAGGACAAGAAACACAAAAAGAAGGACAAAAAGGAAAAAGUAAAAAAUGUGAAGGAGGAAGAGCCAAAAAAACCAUCUGAUAUACAGCAACGGCUGCUCCAAAUUGCUCAAGGGAAUCAGGUUAGCAAUAAAACAGAUGAGACACUUGUAAGUAAAGGACCCAUGACAAAAGAAGACUAUGAAAAGCAACAAAGCCAAGUCCGCCGUGUAUAUGACCCAGAUUCAGAUAGACACAGAUUGGUAAGAGGCGAUGGUGAAAUAAUUGAAGAAAUUGUUAGCAAAGGUAGACACAAGGAAAUAAACAAGCAAGCAACCAAAGGUGAUGGUGCAUCAUUUGCCAAGGCCCUUGGGAUAUACAGAUAGCAGAUGAUGUAAUGCAUAUAUCAUAUGCAUACCAAACAAACAAGGCUUUUGAUGUAAUGGAAUAUUAAUAACAAGUGAAAGAUUGAGGGCAGCAUAUAAGAAAAUCACAGCAUCAUUGGGUGUAAUUUGCAAGCAACAGAGCAUACUAGACAGUAUCAUGUGUUAGUAGGUUUUUGACUGAUGAUAUUCAGUUAAUUACAAAAAUCUGUUCACUUUUCAAUUACUAACUUCUGAUUCUUUUUUACCUGUUAGCGGUCAUUGAACCUCAGCUUGAUAUCAUAAGUACUGAGUUUUAUUGCAUAAACAAUGUAUUAGAUUUAAACGAUUUUUACAUUUUCCUAUAUUUUAUAUCUAUUUAUUUAACAAAAUAUAUUAUUUGCUCUGAUAUUUGUAUUUUCAUAUCUUCAUUAGUGUUUUUUACUCUUAAUGAUAACAGGUAUGAUGAGGCAGCACCCUGAGACUAACUUUAAAGAAGUAAGUUUAUAUUUUAUUAGAUAUGCGCUUUUGCUGGCAGUCAAUGCCAGCUUCAUCAGAAGAGUUGACAGCCAGGCAUAAUUGAUUUUUAAAAAAUGUUGCAAGUCUUCUUAAAUUCUGUUCGUUACAGUCUGUCUAUUAUCAGGAAAGACAUUUGCAUGUUGUAAAUGUUCUCUGUUUCACUAGAAAUCUUGUCAUAUGCUGAGAAUCCAGUUAUCAGUGAAGGUGUAACCAUGGAGGUAUUUUUCUUGUUUCUACCUCUAUGGUGUAACAAAGGCUGAACCAUUUGUAACAGUCCAUUCGUGUGGUGGAAUAAUCAUACCAUGCCGUAAUAUCCAAUCUAUUAAAGAAUUGAGCAUUUCCUUUGGUCCCCUAGCAGCGAGGGAUUGUUUAACCUAUACAAGGUCAGAUUUAAAUGGUGUGGACAAUCUGUAUUAAUGUCAAGCUGCAGCUUGGUGCUUAAAAUUCUUACCUGCCAAUCCAAGGGUUUUUCUCACCAAUCAAACAACUCUACUCCCUAAUCUUCAUAAAAACAUGUUGUACCAUCCUGAGUUUAAAAUAUGUUGGAUAAUAGGAAUUAAGAAAUAGAAAUAGUGUUCUUCAUUCUCAUCCAAAUAGAAUGAUUUGGCAAUAACAGAAUAAACGUUGCACUAUAACUCAAGUGUCUUUAUGAGGCUUAAGUAGAGUUGUUAUUGAUUCACAGGAUUUGAACACAGGAUCCUGAAAUUAGAAGGCAAGCAUCUUAACGACCAAGCUACAGGUUCACUCCAUCAUAGCAUUUAAAUUCAUUACUUUUUAACUUAUUCCUGAACUGGACAUUCUGAAUUCAGAAUCUAUAUUUGAAUAUCAAAUGCCUUGAUAACUUUAUGUCAUAAGGAUUUAUAUCAGCUUAAAACUAUUUUGAUCAAUGGAAUGGAAAUUAAUUUAAAAAAUGUAUUUUGAAGGUUCAGACAUUAAAAUCAAGCAGGAAAUACAGUUCACCUUCCAAUUUGAAACCACCUUUGCUACCUGAAAAAUUUGGGGUGUUCUCUGGGUUCAGUUUCAGUAGCAUAGUGUAAUAGAUUGAAGAUUGUUGUUUGGUUCUUUGAAUCAAGGUGUGUCGGAAUUAGAGGGGUCUCCAAUUGGAGGGUGCACUGUAUUGAUUUUGUAUUAGUGAACUGUUUAGCCAAGAUGCACAUGUCUCAAUGCAAGGGAGCUGUUGCAAUAGCAUUUGCACAUUGUGCUCUCUUAUACCCCAUUCAGACUAGCAUCGCAUUGCGAUCGGUUGUAGUGCCACCCAAUCGCAAAGUAAAAUCGUGUGUGAAAGCUCACCAAUAGUAGUCGAUAUGUAAUCGAUAUCGCAAUUGUUACC